AUGGAUUGUCACGGUGAUGCGUGUUCAUUUUCAAAGCCAGUAGGAAUGUUCAAAACCUUACGACGUCUUCAUGGUCAUAAUUUAGAAAACAGUGGCUUGAACGAUCUUUCCGAAGCAUUUCAAAAUUUCAUGACACGAGCCAGGUUUUUUAGUGUUGGACGUCUGAGACGUACAUGGUCUCAUUCAGCACUUGAAUUUCUGAAAUAUCGGCGUUUAUUGCCAAUGCUGACAUCAGAUCAAGAAAUAGGAUCCAGUGAUUUUGCAAAUGAAUCGAAUUCAUAUCCUCCAACUUCAUCAUAUGCGAAACCAUCAAAAUCAGGGGUGUGUGGUCCGCUACCAUCAUCUCGAAAAGUGCGACGUGAUAGUUCAGUUCGAACAAGCAGACAUGAAGAGCGAAAAAUCAUUGUCAUGAACAUUUCGCCACGUGUUACAACUAACCAGCUGAAAUCAUUUUUCUCAAAAUUUGGUCCGAUUUCAAGUUGCCAGAUACCUUCAGAACAGCGUCGAAACUCACUAUAUGCUACACUAACUCCAAAAUCUCGAUCUAGCAUGACUGCUUUUAUAAUUUUUCGAACUUCAAGCUUGGAUGAAUUCUAUAUUUUUGACAGUAGUGUGAAAAGUGCUGAAAAAGCGAUAAAUGCCGUCGCUGAAGAAUUAAAAUUUUAUGAUCAAGUGAUAACAGCAGUUCCAUCUCACUCUGCAUCUGUUUGCUCAUUAACCGAUGUAGCAUCGUUUUUUGGAAGUUCACUGUCACUUUCUAUAUUGCCAGAAAAAGUACUCACGUUGAUUCUGUCGUACUUACCACCAGUAGAUCGAAUUAGAUCGGAACGAGUGAGCAAAUGCUUUCUUGAAUCAUCUGUGGAAUCAUGGAAAUUAACUAACACAUUGUUAUUUUCUAAUGAUAGUAUUUUUGGUCGUACAUUUUCUUCGUCAAAUCCUCUUCGAAAUAUGCAUUUGAAGGCACUUUUAUCACGUUGUGGUGUGCAUUUAAAAUGUUUGGAUUUAUCAAGGGUAGUUAAUUUGCUGGAUGAAGGGGCUUUUCAAAUCAUUUCUUUGUCAUGCCCAAAUUUGGUUGAAGUAAAUUUAUCAGGUCUUAGUUGCCAUUGGCGAGCUGUACGCACAUUUGCUGAACCGCUGAAGAAUUUGCGGUCUAUUACUUAUAAAAAUAUGGUUAACAUUAGUGAUAAAACAAUGUGGUACCUAUUUAAACCUGUUGGAAUGAAUAUCCGAGAAGUUGACCUACGAGGUUGUCGUCGAUUCAAAGGCCGUUGUUUUAAACUAUUUGGAGAUCAGUUGCAAAAGAUUUUUCUUGAUGGCUGUUAUCGUUUGGAUAAGCAGUCUUUGGAAGAAUUAUGCUUUCACUCACCAAAUAUUAUUGAACUCCGUUUAAGUGGUUGUCGGUUGGUCUCAGAUGAUAUACUGAGUUUAAUAUCAAGAAAUUUGCAAUAUUUGAAAUCAUUUGCCUUGUGUGGUGAUUGCUUCGUGGAUUUGACACCAGUGGGUCUCAUGGCUCUUACACGUUUGCACUUUCUUCAUGAAUUGUGGUUAGAUUACAAUUCAUUGGUGUCAGAUCAACUAUUAGAAGCUAUUUUUGAUAAUCUCACAUGUUUACGUUUACUAAGCUUGGCACACGCUGGCUCAGAUGCAACGAUUACUAAAGAAGUUGCUUCGAAAAUAGCGAAAUUAACAGAACUUGAAACGCUUAACGUAAGCUCACUAGCAGCGGUAACAAACAAUGUUUUGUCAUCAAUUGCUUCUGGUUGCUCUAAACUUCGUAUCUUUCGAGCUCGGUGUUGCACAUAUCUUGGUGAAGAAGGUGUCUGUUCGUUAACGAUGCUGAAAAAUUUGGAACAUGUGGAUCUUAGUGGAUGUCUUCUUGUAACUUCAAAAUGUAUUCAAACAUUACUCGAUUCAUUUACGUUGAUUACAAAUUCACAUGCAAAACAGACAGUCACUGUUGUCAUCGGGGGAACGAUAUGUAAUAUUCAAUCGCUACGUAAAUGUAAUAGUCGGGUGGUGGUGGAUACCAGUGAUUAUAGCGAAAUUUCAGCUGAUUCUGCUCGGGACCUUUUUCCUACUUCUUCUGUUUUGCCAGGUAUAGAAAAUAACUCAAGCGAGAGUUCUUCAGACGGCGAAUUCGACGCUUUAACAACUCAUCGUUCGUUCAUAAUUGAUGCUCUGGAUGGACUAGAAGAUGAUUCACUAAUGGAAGCUCAAAAAUCAAUCGAUGAGUGGGCUGAGCGUGAAGCUCUUGAUUUAGGUCUUAUAAUUAAGUGA